GCCCCAGCUGCCGCCCGCCGGCUCGCCCGUGCAGCCGCGAUGCCCGGGAGCCCGACCCCGGCCCGGGUCCCGGGCCCACCCCGUAAUUAAGCUUCCGUGCGCCCCGAGUGCGCCGCGGCCAACGCGACUCCAGACGCAGCGAUGGGCAACACCGUUCACAGGACCCUGCCAGACUCAAGCCCGCCCGCGCGCCUCCUGGCUACAAGGCCGUGCUGCGGCCCCGGUCCGGGUCCCGAGCGGCGGCCGGUCCUGGGCGAAGCGCCGCGCUUCCACGCACAGGCCAAGGGCAAGAACGUGCGGCUGGACGGCCACUCCCGCCGGGCCACGCGGCGCAACAGCUUCUGCAACGGCGUCACGUUCACGCAGCGGCCCAUUCGGCUGUACGAGCAGGUGCGGCUGCGCCUGGUGGCCGUGCGCCCUGGCUGGAGCGGUGCGCUUCGCUUCGGCUUCACCGCCCACGACCCGUCGCUCAUGAGUGCCCAGGACAUCCCCAAGUACGCCUGCCCCGACCUCGUCACGCGGCCCGGCUACUGGGCCAAGGCGCUGCCCGAGAACCUGGCGCUGCGCGACACCGUGCUGGCCUACUGGGCAGACCGCCACGGCCGCGUCUUCUACAGCGUCAAUGAUGGCGAGCCGGUGCUCUUCCACUGCGGCGUGGCAGUGGGCGGCCCGCUCUGGGCGCUCAUCGACGUCUAUGGCAUCACCGACGAAGUGCAGCUCCUGGGCACCCUGCAGGCCAGUCCUGCCACCACGUCUCCAUCAGGCUCCCUCAGCGGCUCCCAAGACGAUAGUGAUUCUGAUAUGGCCUUCAGUGUCAACCAGUCCUCCUCAGCGUCCGAGUCAUCCCUAGUGACAGCCCCCAGCUCCCCGCUGAGCCCUCCAGUGUCCCCUGUGUUCUCCCCACCGGAGCCGCCCGGCAGCAAGAACAGCGAGUGCACAGUAUGCUUUGAUGGCGAAGUGGACACUGUCAUCUACACGUGUGGACACAUGUGCCUGUGCCACAGCUGCGGCCUGCGGCUCAAGAGGCAGGCCCGGGCCUGCUGCCCCAUCUGCCGGCGGCCCCUCAAGGAUGUCAUCAAGAUCUACAGGCCAUAGCCUGGCCCCCCUACAGGCCUUGGCGGGAGCAAGGUCAUCUUUCUGAAGCCCCCCCACUGGGCUGGGCAACCACCAUGGCCGCCAGGGAGUCUGAGGGCAGCGGCCAUCUGCCCCGCCGUUCUCCAGCGGUGGACAAGUCGUGACUGUUGGAGGGGCGAGGCCCCAGGGGCCUGAGCCCAGGCGAGGGUGGCUUCUGGCUCAAAAGUGCUUUGCUCCAAAAAAGCCAUCCCAAAAGCAUGCUCAGGACCACCUGGCAGACCCGCCCUGGCCCGGAGACCUCUCAGCUGGGAAGCAGCAUCCUCUGCCCUCUGCAAUGCUUUUGGCUGGGGUUGGGUUGAGUAUUUGUGAAAGGGAAAGGGCAGGUAGGGAGACGAGAGAGAGUGAGAAAGGGUGUGUGUGAGAGUGAGUGAGAGAAUGGCUAGGUAUUUAUCCAGGGAUUCUAAUGCGGGGGGUUAUUUAACACUAAGGAACGUGCAAUCCGGGGCCCAGACAUUAGAGAGACCAGAAAUUGAUCACUUUCGGGGCUGUGACGUCAGCUGGUUUUGAAUGUAAAAAAGCCUGCACCUAAAGAGAGCUCCCUCAGAUGGUAUGGAAGAGGGACGCUCAGAUUUUCUAAGGGGAGGAAAAAAUAGCUUAUUGUUUACAGCUCCAAAGCAGCAACUCCUGGGGGGAAGGUGGGCGGAGAACAUAAAAGAACAAUUUGCUUUUUUUGUUUCUAACUCAGUCUUGGAGAGGAGUUUUGAUGGGUGCUGGGGCCCAGAGUUCUGGGCAGCGUCAUCCCCAGAAGCCUUUCACCCCUGCUCCCCGACACAGCCUAAUAAGCACACGGCACCUUGUUUUCAGUGCAUAUCACCCCAUCCUUGGCUCCAAGGAGAGGCCAAGCACCAGCUUCGCUUUUCCUGGGGGAGGGAAAGAAUCCAGAGGCCAGUGACUCACCUGAAGCUCACCACUCAUGUGGUGGCACAGACCAGCCUCCACAUUUCCAGUUGUCCAGCUGGGCCUGGCAUUCACCAGCAGCUGUGGGCAUAACCAGGGCAACCUGCUGGCAGAGGAGGAGGAGUAAGUGCGCUUUGGAACUGGUCUUUGUUCUGGUUCUCAGCAUCCCUGCCCCUGCUGGUCACUAAGGUGGUAAUUGAUCAUUAAGAUGUUAACUAAUAAUUGAGACAUCAGUUGAAAAUAUUGACCUUGUGACUCUCCUCCCUGCACAGGACGCUUUGCCAGGUGUGUCCUGGAACCCUGAGCCCCAGGCCCACCUCUGCGGACUCCCAGGCCACAUCUGGGCUGUGGGGUUAGCCCAGCCUUCUGCUGCCUUCUCACCACAGUUCUCGGCCACCUUUGCCUGCCCUGCCCUGCCCUGCCCUGCCCUGCGUGUACCUUUAGGGAAGUGCCUGGGCUUGUUUCUCAGUUCCCAGUCUGUUCCUGAGGAAGCCCAGGUUCUGCCCACUCCAGCUCUUGGGAGGAAGGGUGUGACCUGAAAAGCCCAAGACAUGUAGUGAAAAGCAGGCAUCAUUUUGAUACAGUUCCUCAUUUGUCCAUCUGCUGAGGGAGGCAGGGAGUGAGAGCUUUUGGAGAGUUCGUGUAUUCACAUAACAAACAUUUGCUGGGUCUCCAGAGGCCCAGGGCCAGCUGGGCAGGGCUCUGGUCACAUCAAGUCCCCUAAGACCAGUCAGUCUGUGUCCUGUGAUGUUCCAGGUCUUGGAUGAACUGCUUCUCUGGCUGAAGUGUGUUCUGACCUAAUCUCAAUGUCAGAACCCCUAUUCUUGCCCCUGCAGGAACCCCUAAUUGUUUUUCUUAGUGAAUUUGGGGGACAAGUCCACAUUUUAAUUGUGCAGCAGAGUCACUGUGGGGGAGCUACUGCAACGCCAGCGGCACCCAAGUAAGAGUUUGGUGCUUGGCUGAACUUGGCCAACGGGAGAAUUCCAGCCAGCUCCCAGCUCUCACCCCUGCUCGUGCUGGGUGUGAGCAGAGCCCCUCUGAAAUCCCAUAUGACAGACCCCAAGACUGUGGUUCUCCAGGGCAGCCGCCUGCCUGGAUUGAGCCCGUCUCGAGCCUGGGUGGUCUCAGCAGCCUGGGCAGUCAGCCCUUCUCUCCUGCUUUUGCUGGCUCCCUCCGAGGCUUGACAGCCAUUACCAAGAAAGCAGUGACCGACCGUAGUCCAGGCCCCCCCCCCCACCCC